GUGGCAUCAGUUACUCGAGGUCUGAGUAAAUGGAAAGAUCAAGUGAAAUUGUCAGUGAUCUAAAAACAAAAUUGAUAUUUGACAAAAAACUUUGGAAGAACAUAUGAAAUUUUGAAAAACCACAAAAACAUUUUAAAGCCAAAUAAUUAAAACUAAAAAAAAGAAAAAUUGUGAUAUUUCCAAUUGUGAUCGUGUACAGUGUGUUACAUUAAAUUAUCUAUCAUUAAAACAAGUCUACACAUACAAAUUAUAUUAAGUGUUUCUUCUCAAAACUUUUUUGUAAAUUACUAAAUCAAACAAAAUGCCUGAACUCAUCGAACAAAAUAAACCAGUUACCAAUGGUGCUUUGCCCAUGCAAAACAAGGCCAAACAAGACAACUGCGGUCUCUACAACCACAUCCGUGGCACCAAUGUCUCCUAUGGCUCAGCCAACAGACUUACCCCCGGUGUCAGAGCCUUCGUUGAAGAAUCUGUAGCUCUUUGCCAACCCGAUCAAAUCCAUAUCUGCGAUGGUUCGGAAAUGGAAAACAAAAUGCUUAUCAAGGUUAUGACUGAAGCUGGUACCAUUAUUCCAUUGCCCAAGUAUGAAAACUGUUACUUGGCUCGCACCAAUCCCGCUGAUGUUGCCCGUGUUGAAUCCAAGACUUUCAUUUGCACCGAACACAAAGAGGAAGCUAUCCCCACCCCCCAAGAUGGUGUCAAGGGAACUUUGGGCAACUGGAUUUCCAAGGAAGAUAUGGACAAGGCCAUCCAAGAACGUUUCCCUGGCUGCAUGAAGGGCCGUACCAUGUAUGUGGUUCCCUUCAGCAUGGGUCCUGUUGGUUCUCCCCUCUCCAAGAUCGGUAUUGAAAUCACCGAUUCUGCCUAUGUUGUUGCUUCUAUGCGCAUUAUGACUCGCAUGGGUGCUGCUGUCUUGGAUGAAUUGCAAAAGAAUGAAGAAUUCGUUCGUGCCCUUCACUCAGUCGGUACUCCCGCCAACGGUGUCAUUGAACGCCCCUCAUGGCCUUGCGAUCCUGAACGCACCAUCAUCUUGCACAAACCCGCUGACAACUUGAUUGUUUCCUAUGGCUCCGGCUAUGGUGGUAACUCUUUGUUGGGCAAGAAGUGCUUUGCUCUCCGUAUUGGCAGCACCAUUGCCAAGCGCGAAGGCUGGUUGGCCGAACACAUGUUGAUCUUGGGCAUCACCGAUCCCAAGGGUGUAAAGAAAUACAUCACUGCUGCCUUCCCCUCUGCCUGCGGUAAGACAAAUCUUGCCAUGUUGAACCCAACUCUUAAGGAAUACAAGGUCGAAUGUGUUGGUGAUGAUAUUGCCUGGAUGAAAUUCGACAAAGAUGGUACUUUGCGUGCCAUUAAUCCCGAAAACGGUUUCUUCGGCGUUGCCCCCGGUACUUCCAUGGAAACCAACCCCAUUGCCAUGAACACCGUCUUCAAGAACACCAUCUUCACCAAUGUAGCCUACACCUCCGAUGGUGGUGUCUACUGGGAAGGUAUGGAAAGCAGCUUGGCUCCUGGUGUACAAAUUACCGAUUGGUUGGGCAACCCCUGGACCAAGGAAUCUGGCAAACCUGCUGCUCACCCUAACUCCCGUUUCUGUACUCCUGCUAGCCAAUGUCCCAUCAUUGAUGCUGCCUGGGAAGAUCCCGCUGGUGUUCCCAUCAGUGCCAUGCUCUUCGGUGGUCGUCGCCCUGCUGGUGUCCCACUCAUCUAUGAAGCCCGCAACUGGACUCAUGGUGUCUUCAUCGGCUCCGCCAUGCGCAGUGAAUCCACCGCUGCUGCUGAACACAAAGGCAAAGUGAUCAUGCACGAUCCCUUCGCGAUGCGUCCAUUCUUUGGCUACAACUUUGGCCACUACGUCAAGCACUGGUUGAGCAUGGAAUCCCGUGGUAAUGUACCCAAAAUCUUCCACGUCAACUGGUUCCGCAAGGGUGCCAAUGGCAAAUUCAUGUGGCCCGGAUACGGUGAUAACUCCCGUGUCCUCGAAUGGGUUUUGCGCCGUUGCAAUGGUGAGCAAUGCUAUGUUGACUCCCCCAUCGGUCAAAUCCCCGCCGAAGGUCAAUUGAAUGUUGAAGGUCUUGGUGAUAUUGACAUGAAAGAACUCUUCUCAUUGCCCAAGGACUUCUGGACUCAAGAAGUUGAAGAUAUCCGCAAAUACUACGAGUCCCAAAUUGGUGCCGAUUUACCCGCCGAAAUCUACAAUGAAUUGGAACAACUCAAGCAACGUGUUGCCGCCAUGUAAGAUAAUGAAUUUACCCCUUCAAAUGUUAUGAGCAAAUGACACAAAUGACAGCUAAAUAGCUACCUGUUUUUGCAUGGAUUCAUUUUUCAUUCUGUGCCUUAUUUAAUUUUUUUAUUUUGUAUAUAAGAAUUUAAAUUGUUUUUUUAUUAUUUUAUAAUCAAAAAAAUAUUCUAUUUAUUCACUAUCAAGUCCUUACCUAGGUUUAAGAUUAUUUAAUCUAUGUUUUUAUAAUAUUAAGUGUUAAUAUAAAAAACUAUGUUUUUUAUUUCAUUAAUUUAAGAAAAAAUCUGUAAAUAUUAAACAAAAAAAAAACACACAAAACAAAAUAAAAAUUAUAAUGUG